AUCCGAGGCGCCCGAGCAACCUGCAGACACGUAUUCCGUAGUCUCAAACAAACCCGUUCAACGCGACGAGAACGAGACUCGUCAUGGACGUAACAAGAAGCGCAUCGAGUGUUCGACACGACGGAACGGUCGCCUGGGACCGACCCGCUGGUACACAUAGGAACAUACGGCCUCCCUCCGCUGGGGUGCCUCUGGGGCGGGACAGUCGUCUUGCUUUGGGCCACCGCCAGCCGAGAGCGGCCCGGAACUGAAUCUGACUGACUCCGACGAUGAACUUGCCGCGAAACGACAGUCUAGGGGUGAUGUAAACUUAUGGUGGCUCUGCUG